GGCUGGUUCUGCAAGAUGCUCAGUAAAACUUCCCAGCUAAUAUUGACUUUGUUUCAUUUAUUACUGUGUUUUACUGUAUUUGUUUCUUUGGAAUACACAUCUUGUAUUCUUAUGACAAGUUAGUAUACUGUUUGCUGAACUUUUGCCAGAAAAGUGCACUUGUGUUUUUUCAAUUUCAUUUCAGAUUUCAUGAAGUUGCCAGAAUAAUUAUAUUUCUGCAUUCCUGGUUGUUCUCGGGAAUGAUUUAAUAAAUCGGUCUUCACAGUUUUUAACAGAAAUAUUUGUCCUAGUUUUGUUGGCUCAGGUCCCAAAGCAUAGUUUAACGAGCACAGGCAUUAGCAGUAAUAUACGGAGUAUGCUCUGUCUACGAGCGGUUAAUAUAGAACAAAAAACUCUUUCGUUAUUACUAAGGGAGUUCGGUGUGUGUGUGUGAUCUGACCAUUAAAACAUCUGCUCUGAUUUCCUUUUGAAGUAUCUGCUGCUGGCUGGUUUGCAUCCUUUCGAGUCAUCAAUUGAAUUACAAAAUGGCUCUUAGUCACAGUUUGUCGGAACGUCAUCUACCAUUGAAGAAUGUUGUUACAGUGGAAUUCACUAAAGGCAGUGGACGGAGAAGAGAAAAUGUCAUCACCAGAGGAAAUGCGUCAUUUUUGGUUUUCUUCUUGCGCUCCAUGUGCAGAAUUAUGACACAGUUGAAUGUUUGUGUAUAGAAUAUUGAUGAAAUGAAAUAAAUGCUUUACUGCUUCAUAAUCAGGGAACCAAUUUGUAUUGCAAAGUGAAAACCCGUAGUAUAGGUAAUUAUUGCUAAUUUGGUAUUUUGGAAAGAAAUUGCGUUUAGACUACCUGUAAAUGUUGUAUGUUUUGCUAUGUUUGCUGUAAUUGGUGCUUUAGAGAGAGGUUGUGUCCACACGUCAAAAGAGCGUGACUCUGCAGGAAGCUGACAUAACACACAGCCUUCGUCUGGAACGAAAAUAUCUGCGGUAAAAUGAUCCAUAAUGCCUGGCAGAAGCUUGCUAUCUAUAAACAAACCCCAGGAAACAGGCGGAAUGGUCUAUUUAUAACUGAGUGGUACCCUUUAGUGAAAAAGUGUAUGUGUCCUAUAAGUAGUCUGAUCGUGGAGAGAAAAAUAAUAGGGUAUAUACAACAAAUUCAUAUGAAUGCGUAAAAUGGAUUCAUUAAUCAAUCUGUAGACAUAUUUAACGUAAUUUAGUUGUGCUGUGACUAAGCGGUUGGGGAUUUAACGCCGACGCAGUGGUGUGGUUUACAGCCGAGGUCUGAGUGCUUUUGGUUGACAGUAAUAUAUGAUCGCAUGGGACUGAAUCGCUCCUAUUGCAGCAGGUAUAAUUCAUGACUCCAUUAAGCGCUCUCAUUGCUCACAUCGUUCACGUCGCUGUCAGUGGUUUAAGAAGAAUGUUCCUCAGAAUUGUGCUGUGUAAAUUCAUUGGCAAUGGGUAUUCCUUUUGCAUUGAGGUUAAAAAAAAAAAAAAAAAAAAAAAAUCAAAGGCCGUUGGACGUCUUCACAUCUGGCCAGCAGUCUGGAGUCUCUUUCGCUCACGAUUGCUCACUCAUCAGAAAUUCAAUUUCAUACUUUUACCACAUGCUUGGAAUAAUACUUGUAACAGCAUUAGUAAUAGUUUGAAUCAUUUCCUUUACUCCAGGAAUGCCCAGAAAAAGCCAAAGCCGCCACCUUCUUUUUUUUUUCUUUUCUUCCUCUUUUAUUUAUUUAUUUAUUUUAAAACCCAGACAUAAAUAAAGAGUGCAUCUGUGCACAUGCUGUUCCAUGCCUGAAUGAAAGUGUGCUGUUUUUCAGGGUGAGUCCUCGGGGAAGUCAUGCAGUAACACAGAACUGUGCUUUUGUUGAGUUUGGUUUAUUUUGAAAUUGCCAGUUAGACAGGGAUUUACUGUUUUAUCCUCCUGGCUGAUGAGCGCAGUUUGAUUCACAGCACACUGCUGUUUUGUUGGCUGUGUUGAAUAUUGUGUGUGUGUGUGUGUGUGUGUGUGUGUGUGUGUGUGUGUGUGUUGGGGUUCUGUUGAAUUCGGUAUGGAUUGCUGACUCAUCCUGCUUUCAGCUGUGACUCGUGAGUGGAGCAGCUUACCUUUGAGGACGCAGUUCUCUCUUAAAUGUGUUUGUGUGAAAGUGAACGUUAGUUUUUAUCAUGUAAAGCAGAUGUCGAUGCUAUUCCUCAUGUCGAAUACAGUCAUAUAAACCGUAUGUUCCGUACGCUCACUAUAACAUAAUAUUUUCAGCAUGUAAUAAUCUGAGUAGAGGCAGUAUAGUUAGUCAAUACUAUUCACCAUGAUUGUGAAGACAGUUGAUAAUAUGAUAUGAUUAAGAUCACAAGUUUUGUAUUUUGUACAGUAUUUAUUGGUGUUUUAAACUCUAAUCCACUUGCAGUCGCACUUUAUGGAAAGCUACACCCUGAGGGCGUUGGAUUUUGGAAAGUUAUUUGGCUUGUGAAGCAUGACUACAACUCUGUGAUUCAUAUGAACAAGUAUCGAGUUCUUUAACUGGGUGCUCACAAAUGACAUCCUUGAAGUCCUGUAUUAGACGUGUAGAGACAGACAUCCUAGACCCAUGCCUCCCGACACUGAAUCCCUCCAAAUGUAAUAAACAAACCAACGACUAAACCAACUUUUAUUGUAUUAAUAAUAUUGUUUGUGGUCUCUGAGUCAUGAGAACAUUGGUACCUGUGUGGUUGUGUACCAGUCAGGGAUUUAGAUGGAACUAAAUGUUCUUCCAACCAUCUGGAACAAAAAAGGGCAUCUGCCACUGUCUAUUCAUUGAACAUCUGCUUUUUUGUUGGAGAAACUUUCCAUAAGAUGCCCCCUCCCUCCAGCUUAGAAUGCUUCGUCAAUGAAUUCUCUUCUCCACUGUGUGUAUUAAUUCAAUGCCACAUAAUAAGAUUAUGGACACCUCAUUUGAUACUUUUGUCUCAUUUUAAGGAGUUGUAAAUGUGCCUAGUAGAUGUUAUGCAUACGAAUAGAACAGCACAUGAUAAAAUGUGUGUACUGUGUCCAAAUAGAGUGUGUGUGUGUGUGUGUGUGUGUUUCUGAAGGAGCUGUGAGAUAAGUAAGUGGUGUAGAAAACAACAGACUGAAACAAGGCUUGUCUUGUCUUAUUUUUCUCCUCACUCAGCAAGCCAAGAGGCAGUUUAGAGCCUGACUCUGCAGUGAAUGAUGGUGCUGAAUGUUCACGUUGUAUGCUGUGUUUUGGUCAAUCGUCCUUCUUCCGCUUCAACCACCCUGAGGAGGCAUUCAGAAUGAAGAGCAUGAGGCCAGAAGGACAGCACAGAUCUAGCACCAGAAGAGACUCAGAGAGCCUGGUCAAUGGGAACCACCAGUCAGGAGGACUGGCGUCUCACCCAUCCCGACACGAGAGAGUGCGCCCUGAGCACAGUGCUAUUGUCAGUUCCAUUGAAAAGGACCUUCAGGACAUUAUGGACUCCUUAGUCAUGGAUGAUCCCCUGCCCUCUUCCGCCUCCUGUGAGCCCAACAAGCCUUCCAGUCCCCUUGCUGCUCAGUCCCCGCUGUCCCCCAUGUUAAAUGGAGGUGGCCGUUAUCUUCUCUCACCCCCCACGAGCCCUGGUGCUAUGUCAGUGGGCUCCAGUUAUGAAAAUACCUCUCCACCCUUUUCCCCUCUAUCCUCACCCUCAGCUGCAAGUACUGGGAGCUUUAACAGCCCCUCACCUAGUGGUUGCCAGGACCAGAUUCUUUCUCUUCCUCCAGUACCAGUCAGGUCCUCGAGUUACAAUUACACGAGUCAGCCACCCAUACCUCAGCCUCGGACUAUGCUGCCUAACCCGAAGGUGCCUGAGAGCCCCCGGCUCCAGAGAAAGGCUCUACUAGAAGCUCCACCCAGCCCUAAACCAGCCCGCAGGGGACUGAGUCAGAAUAGCCCUGUGGGGAAGUCUCCGGACAGCUCUCGACUGCCCCCCAUGUUGCCUUCAGUCUCAGUAUCUUCAGUAUCCAGUGAUGCAUCAUCUAUCAGGCUAGCAGUACCAACCAGCCCCAAAAUGACUCCCAAAUUUACCACCACAUCAUCCUCAUCCCCUCCUUGUAGUCCCAGGGUGAAAAUGACUAGCAUUCUACAGGAUCGUCCAUCCAGUCCGUUUCAUGACCAGUCACAGCCAGAUCACUCACUCGCUUCAAGUCCCUCCCAGCUUCUCUCUCCUCCUUCUCGGGCAUUCCAGCCUCCAUUGGACCCAAUUGUCCACAUAAUCCAGGGUGGACAGCCACAGCAACACUCACUUCAACCUCCGGAGAGUCCACGGCUGGCCCGCAGGAAUCUGGAGGCUGGCUGUGGCAACAAUGUGAGGGAUCUGCCCCCUCUCAGCCCCUCCCUGGCACGUAGAGGAGUACCAGUACUCCCAGGGGCGCUUCCAGGAACCCUCUCAACCUGGUCCUCAGAGAGCCCAACUGCCAAGAUAGUUCCAGAGAGUCCAAGACACAGACGCAAGGCCUCCUCCCCAUCUCAGGAGCUAUACAGUCCCCGGCUGGUGCGUGCCCGCAGCCCCUCGCCCACGUCUGGGCUGACGGAUGGUGGUGGACGCAAAGGGAGCUUUGGGAACACUCUAUCUCCUGCCUUCAGCCUGGGCUCCCUGCCUGGGUCCUCACCUUUAGCUAGUCCCAGGAACCACAGGAAGAUGUCAGCAGGGCACAGGGACUUGCGGAUCGGCCAUCCUGGCAUGAGGGAGCGCAAGAACAGCAUUACAGAGAUCAGUGACAACGAAGACGAGUUACUAGAAUACCACCGGCGCCAGCGUGAGGAGCGCCUCAGGGAGCAGGAGAUGGAAAGGCUGGAACGGCAGCGACUAGAGACCAUCAUGAACCUCUGUGCUGAGUACAAUAAGAACGAUGAGCCGAGCUUGCUGGGUAUCUCCAGGCCCACUGUGACGCAGAGGCAGCGGGAGAGUGACGAGGAGAAUCUGAGAGAGGAGUGUAGCAGCACGGAAAGCACACACCAGGACAUCAGGACACCAUACAACCUACAAAAUGGAGACAACAUGCAGCUGGAGGAGAUGUCAGGAAGCGGGACUAGGCUGGAACUGAGUUAUUUGGAGGAGGAACGGGUGCGAGUGCUGGCGAGGGUUGAUGAGCUGAAGGCUCGGCUCACGGAGCUGGAACAGCAGCUACAGGAGAACAAACAGGAGGCGGAGAUGGAAAGGGCCUUGCUACAGGGUGAGAGGCAGGCGGAGCUGAGCCAGAUCGAGACUGAGACUGACAUCAUCACCCAGCUGCAGCACAAAGUCAGCGAACUGGAGAGUGCCAUCCAGAGGGAAAAGGACAAGGAGAAGGCCAAUGUUGACAGCCAGCGGGAAGCCCUGGAAAGGCUUCAGGACGGCUACAAUGAGCUGAAGAGCCAGCUGCAUAACUGCCCCGAGUCUCUAAGGGAGCAGUUGCAGGAGCAACUCAAAAGGGAAGCAGAAACCCUGGAGGCUGAGACAAAGCAGUUUGAGGACCUGGAAUUCCAGCAGCUCGAGAAGGAGAGCAGUCUGGAGGAGGAGCGUGAGACUAUUUCCCAGCAGCUCCUGCACGAGAAAGCACAGUAUCAAAGCAGUGUGACCAAGAGAAAGGAAAAGGUUACAGCUCUGGAGAAGCAGGCCAAUCAGCUGGGCCUGCAGGCUGCACAGGAGUGUGAAAAGGUGGCUAAGGACAGGAGUGUCACCCUGCAGCUACUUCAGAAGGAGAAGGAGAGGCUGGCUGGUCUGGAGAAGAGAUACUUCAGCCUAACUGGAGGCAGGACUUUUCCUAAAGGCUCCAGCACAUUAAAAGAGGGGAGACGGAUGGCGGAAGUCUAUAGGAUGUAUGUGAGCGAUACCCAGCUGACCAACUCUGCUUCGCAUGACCCCUCACUUAUACUUGACCCAGCUGUAGCUCCGCCCUGCGAGGACUAUGUUACUGUGGGCCAAUUAAACCAGAUCUAUGGGAUGCCGAAGGUGGAUUCCUCCCCCACCUCUCCUGCCCAAUUGCGUCAGCCCACCCUCACUGAGCCUGCCUUUUCCUGUCUUCCUUCCCCCCAUGGCUCCUCUCUUUCUCUCUGUUUUGAGGGUCAGCCGGAGUGGCUUAGACCUCAUAUCCCCAGGCUAGAUUUAGAGCGCUGGUACCAGGAGGUGAUGGCGGCUGGAGAUCCAAGCCAGCUGUGCCCGCCUCCUCUCCAGGCUAAAGCUCACUCAGCACACAGGCCUCUGCAGGUGUACCGCUCCAGACUAGACAGUGAUGCCAGUCAAUCCUCACAGAAGCCAAAAGUGAGUGCUGGACUUUCCCCUACCUACACCACUGCAACACUUGGCCGCAACACUUCCUCAAGGAAUCCCAUCAUGAUGGCCAACAGCACUGGCAGUCUCCCCCGCAACCUCGCAGCCACUUUACAGGACAUUGAGAUAAAGAGACAGCUGGCACUGCAACAGAAAGACUGCUUGCCAUCAUCGCCUGAGUUCUCCACCAUGGACAGUCCCACAGGUCAGCAGGUGAUCGAGGAGCAGCGGCGACGUCUGGCCGAGCUGAAGCAGAAGGCUGCAGCCGAGGCUCAGUGCCAGUGGGAGGCGCUACAUGGCUCCCACACACAGCUCAGCAGCUCUCCAGCUCCUCCGCUGGUCCAUCACUCCAUCCUGCACCACACAGCACCCUCUGCUGGUGAGGACAACUACGACACACUCAGCCUGGAGAGCUCAGACAGCAUCGACACCAGCGUUUCCACCAGCUACAACUCUGCCUGCUCGCCGGAUAACAUGUCCAGUGCAAGUGGGAUGGAUGUGCUGAAAAUCGAAGAGAUGGAGAAGCUGCUGAAGGAGGCUCAUCUGGAGAAGGCCAGACUCCUCGAGUCCAAGGAGCGAGAGAGCCAGGCACGUAAACAGCUGCUGGAGGAGGAGAGGAAGAGGAGAGAGGAGGCUGAGAAGAGGCUGCAGGAGGAGACGGUGCACCGGCAGCAGCUGAUUGAGAAGGAGGUGAAGAUGAGAGCAAAGAACUUCUCUCAGGCUCGACCCAUGACCCGCUACCUGCCCAUCCGCAAAGAGGAAUUUGACCUGCGCUCACAUGUCGAGUCAUCGGGUCACAACGUGGAGAACUGCUACCACAUCAUCCUCACAGAAAAGAUGUGUAAGGGCUACCUGGUCAAGAUGGGUGGAAAGAUUAAAUCAUGGAAGAAGCGCUGGUUCGUCUUCGAUCGCCUUAAACGCACAUUCUCCUACUAUUCCGACAAGCAUGAGACCAAGCUGAAAGGAGUUAUCUAUUUCCAGGCCAUUGAGGAAGUUUACUACGACCAUUUACGCAGCGCCACAAAGAAAGGAUUUUUCAACCUGAACUUGACUAGUAGCCCCAACCCCUCCCUGACCUUCUGUGUAAAGACCCAUGACAGACUGUACUACAUGGUGGCUCCGUCUGCAGAGGCCAUGAGGAUCUGGAUGGACGUGAUCGUAACAGGAGCAGAGGGCUACACGCAGUUCAUGAACUAAAGUCAUCCGAGGAGGUAAAGAAAGGUCAAAUGGUUGCACCAGGGGAAACUUCAAGUGACUCAUCUUCCUGUUUACCGGCUCUAUUGAUUCCUACGAGGAGGAAAGCCUUUUUAUUUUUAUUUUGUAUUUCUUUCUUUUGAAUAUAAGUUGUAUAUUCAGCUCGGAUGUACAGUUGUCAGACAGUCGUCAAAGGUUUUCUACACCUUCCUGGAUUUCAAAAGUGAUUCCUACAAGAUUUAAAAAACAGAAAACAGAGGAACAGUUGAUUGUGUUAAAUCACCUUUGCUUUUAGGUCAACAGAGAUCUGACAUUUCAGGUUUUUUUUUUUUAGUAUGCAUACAUUUCUUUGACAACUGCUUAACAGAUGUAUGUAUUUGUGGUUUGUGUGGUUGUUUUUUCGGUCUGUAGAACAUUUUCCACAUUUAGUAUGUGGUAUAGCCAAAUGACGUCAAGCCAUUCUGGACUGUUUUUUUAUGUUUGUUUGUUUGGGUUUUUAUAUAAAUAUAAAUGAUUUGUCCUACACAUAAUGAGAGUGGUUAUGGAUAUGCAGAUCGUACAUGUAGAGAUGAUGUGAAGGCAAACAUAUCAGACACCCAAUAUUACUAAAACAGGAAAGUCAAACACCGAAGCUCAUUAGCAGCUCCUGUUCACCUGCAUCCCACUGUAUGUUUGUGUGUAACCAGCAAAACAUCACCUGUAUGUCAACACACAUAUACGUGCUGUAUAAUAGAGUCUAUUUGCCAAGUCCUGACUUCAUCUUCAGCCUUCACUUCUUAAAGGAAGCAGCCAUCUUCAGUACACUGCCACCUGAAGGCUCUCGGUGGACGAACAUGAUUAAACAACAAAACAGAACAAAACUAACCAACUUAACCUUCAUAUAAUAAUGCAAAUCAUUCAGUGCCUUGAUAUUUCUCCACAUUUCAUCACUGCAAUACUGUUGUGAGAAACCUGCAGGACCACAUAACGCCAGAAAUACAAUCACUGUUUAAAAUGUAUUUUUAUUCUCAAGAGAUCUAUUAUUGUGACUAUUCAUAACAGUCGUUUGCACAAGGCAUGAUGGGAACGUGAUAAGUAAACACAAGUAAUUUAUCAGCUCAAAACAAAAAAAAAAAACAGAAA